AGAGAGAGAGAGAUGUCGUCCAUUAUAAGUGAUUCUUAUGGUGCAACAGAAUUACCAGACAGUUCUGAUUCCAGUGAUACCGUUCUUGAUGUUACAGCUGAUGACAAGCCAAGAGAUGGUAAUUGUUACAAGUACCUUCAUCAUUUCCUAAUGAUAGUGUGUUUAUCAAUUGGGUCUUAUCUUGGUGUCAUCACAAGGAUAUAUACCUCAAUAUAUUUAUCAUUAUUUGAUAAUAUCGAUCAGUUUACAUCUCUCUGGGCUCAAGUUAUAGGUACUGGAGUCAUUGGGUAUCUAGUCAUCAAUAAAAGUAACAUUAAUAAUGUAUUGUACACUUCACUGGCCACAGGACUGUGUGGCUCACUCACCACAUUUUCAACAUGGAAUGCUGAGUCAGCAUUGGUGCUGCUCCAGUUGAACGAGUCUACUCUUGUUACUAUAAAUAGACCAGACUACGUUAAAGGUGGAGUGUCAGGUCUCAUGAUACUAUUUAUAGGUAUUGGUCUACCUUUGUCAUCAUUUAUAUUUGGUAGCAAUAUGGGACGGGUAUUCAAAGCACCUGUAAUUACCAGUAGCUAUUAUGUCACUGGAUAUGUUAGCUCAGUGUUGUUGUACAUAAUAAGUACAACAAUCAUCAUUAUUGUCUGUUUAAUUACUGAUAAUUAUUAUAUUCUUUUUUCACUUUUAUUUGGUCCAAUUGGCACUUAUUUGAGGUGGCGAUUAGCUUAUUUUGAUGUUAACUUUCUUAAAAACGAUUUUCCAAUGGGAACAUUGAUAUCUAAUUACACUGGAUCACUGAUAUUAGCAGGUUGUAUGGUUGCCAGGUUACACGUCAACAAUCCAACUGUAGUUCAGUUAAUAAAUGGAGUCAUUACUGGUUUCUGUGGCUGCUUGACAACAGUUUCAACAUUCAUCAGUCAAAUAACCAAACUCUCAUUCAAAAUGUCAUCAAUAUAUGUACUAAUAUCACUGACUACAGUACAAAUAACUUACAUUACAAUAUUCAUUAUUUAUUCAGUUGUUUAUUAAUGGACAAAUAACUGUACAAAUAUCUUACAAUAAUCAGUUGUUAUUAUUAAUAAUUAGGAUAUAGCACAUUCUUUGUUGUC